CAGCUGAUUGAUCUCGGCAUGUCAGAGGCACUGCCGCCUUCUGAAAUGAUAGAAGAUCUGCACACCUCCUUCUUCUCUACGCAAUAUCAUUAUAUGCCGGCAGUCCAUCCUGGCCGCUAUUACAAAGCGUUCUACGGCAAUUCGCUGAACAAGCCACCAAUGUGCUUGCAGUAUGCUAUCUGGGCAAUGGGCGCCUUGUGGCAUCCUAAAUACGACCGAAUCGCUGAUGUCUUUUAUAAAAGAGCCAGACAUUACGCCGAGACUGACGAAUUGAAGGGUGACGGGGAGCAUUUUAUCACAAUAGCACAUGCCCAAACCUGGGUCCUCAUCACUGCCUAUGAAGCCAGAGCUAUGCUUUACACAAGAGCAUCCAUGAGCGCCGCUCGAGGCUCCAGACUUGUGCAAAUGCUGGCUCUCGACAGGAUAGAUGCGCCAGAUGACCUUCUCCCUCCGAGCCUGGGACCCCCAAUCGACUGGACCGAAUUGGAGGAGCGCAGACGAGUCUUUUGGAUCGCUUUUUCCAACGAUGCCCAGGGAAGUAUAGCGACUGGUUGGAAUAGCAUCAUUAGGACGGAAGAGAUAAUGACUCGGCUUCCGGCUAGCGAAGCGGCCUUUGCCUCAGGCCAAGAAGAAACUGCACCUUUCUUGUAUGAGGUUAUGAAAGGCGCACCAUAUAGUGGCUUUACUGGGUUCCUCGUUAUCAACGAGAUGCUCAAGUCCAUCAUGUCACACGUUCAUCUCAUCAAGUCGUCCGACCGACCUGAAGAUGCCAUCAAUGGUGCUUUCUGGCAGAGGCACCGGCGUUUAGAUAACCAAUUGUCCACCCUGUUCCUGUUCAUGCCGGAAAGCUUCCGUCUUCCUGACAACAUACGAGACCCUCUCGCUACAUAUAUCAACCUGAACUUUCACGCAUGCGUGAUAUGCUUGCACCACGUUGCUCUCGAGAAGAUCGAAACCCACCAACUCGAUGAUUCGUUGAGAAAGGAGUGUCACAGUCUGCUCAAAAAUGCUGCUGAGGAAAUUGCCAGCAUUGCUAAGCUGACAUCACACCGCUCCUCUUUGUUUAGCAACCCCCUGUGCGCCUUCUC